AUGCAUCUCAUGUUCACCGCCGACAAGGACGGCAAGCGCAUCUACACGCUCAAGAAGAAGACCAUCGAGGGUGUCAUCACCAAGAGCGCACACCCCGCUAGGUUCUCCCCAGACGACAAGUUCUCCAGGCACAGAGUGACGAUCAAGAAGCGAUUCGGCAUCCUGCCCACGCAGCUGCCCGCUAAGCCUAUGUAA